AUGCUACUCGAUGAGAAGAAUGACGACGCCAACCCGCAAUCCUCUCCCGCGCUGCACCUAGCCGCCUCGGGUGCUCGCCUUGUGCCUCGUGCCUCACCAUCUUCUGGGCUCCGUCCGCCUCCGCCAGCACGGCCUCGCACAGUUCCCGCCUGGCCGCCCCCGAUUGCUGGAGUCGGACACCCAGCGGGCAUGGUUCCGUCAUUGCAGUCUCUUGGUCUUGUUGACCUCAUCAGCUCCGACCCGCGCCCGACCUUUGUCGUCCAACUCCCAUCCAUUCCCGAUGCCUCCUCCAACGAAAUCCUCUACCGAAACCCGGCCUUGAAGGCCACCCUCACUCUCGACCAGUCUAUUUGUUCCAUCCCCCAGGAUGUCUCUCACUCACCCUUCUGGAAUUGGGUCACCAACCCACCCUCGAAAUUGAAUCCCGACGCUGAUGUCGAGCCUCAUACCGUUGCCGAUGUCCAACACUCCCUCCCCUACUUCGGCGUCUUCUGGACGCGGAGCAUUGUGUGCGAUCAAUGGGUCGUUAUGAGUGGCAAUGAGACGGUCCCCUGCUCCGAACCCCCUCGGAAGAAACGAAUUGAGUGCAAGGAAGGAAGCGCCGCGACAUCCAGAUCCUCCUCGAGACCCUAUUCCCAAAACCCAAUCCCAGAGGCUGCGAACUUAACAUCUCUGAGAAAAUCCGACAGCACCACGCCCAUUAUUUACCGCUCCGACCCUAAUCCAGGUCUCAUGGUGCCAGUCUUCAACUCCGAGCAUGAGCCCUUUCUUGACGUUGUUCAGAGCGUGGAUUGGGGAUCAACCUCGUUGGGCCCCAUGGCAGCCUGGUCGGCACAGUUGCAACAAACCUUCAGCCAAGUAAUAUCCGAUUCACGCCCAAUCGCGCUUUAUUGGGGCCCUGAUUGUGUCACCAUUUACAACGAGGGGUUCUCCAAGUAUUGCGGCGCCAAACAUCCUGAACGUCUGGGACGGUCCGCCUUCGAUUCAUGGCCCCAUCUAAAGGAGCAACUGGAAAACAUAAUCGCAUCACCCCAGAAAAGGUGUUCCAAGGUUGAAGAUCAGUCGAGGUUCUUCAUUGAACAGGCUGAUGGUUCGUCCGUGGAGACAUACGCCGAGUGGUCGAUGGUCCCGAUUGUUUCCGACAAAAAGUACAUGGGUGUGCAACAUUGCCUCCUCGAAACGACUUCUAGGCGACUUUGGGAAAGGAGGAUGAAGAUGCUCGUCGAACUCGGCGAGGCUUUGAUCGCCACUGUGGAUGUCAAAUCAUACUGGACAAGGACAAUCGAGGAACUCGAGCGCUGGAGCCCGGCAUACGACGUUCCAUUGGCAUUCAUCUACUCGGUAGGUGAUGACGACGACGGCGAUUCCUCAGCAUCAAAAUACGGAUGUCCAAGGACAUGCCGCUUGGAAGGAUCACUUGGGGUGCCCGACAACCACGUCAUCGCGCCCCCAACCAUCAACCUUCGAGACGCCGACGACGGUCUCGCUCCCAUGUUUCGGGAGUCUCUAAAUUCGCCUCAUGCUCUCUUGCUUCAGACAAAGGAUGGGACACUGCCUCAGCAACUUCUCCAUGGGCUAGAAUGGCGAGGGUUUGGCGAUCCUUGUCAAGCUGCAAUUAUAUGCCCUAUUCGUCCUACCAAAGAGGAAAAUGUCAUGGGUAUUUUGGUGCUCGGCCUAAACCCGCGACGGCCAUACGACCAUGACUAUCGGCAAUUCAUUUCACUUCUCAAUCAAAAGCUAACAAGCUCACUCGCAUCAACCGUUCUCUUGGAGGAAGAAACUCGCCGAAGACGCAACGCCACAGAGCAAGCUGCCUACGACAACGCUAUGCUCAAGGAGAGGCUGGAGUACCAGACAGAGCAAACAAAUAGGUCUGUCCAGACCCUAACAGCCGUUGCCGAGUUUAUUCCAAUUGGAAUGUGUUUCGUCGACACCGAUGGCAAUGUCACCUUCGCCAACGAGGCAUGGCACCGCAUCACAGGCUAUCCAAGAGGAAUAAUACACCGCGGCGCUCUACUGGAGUCUGUCCUGGAAGAGGAUAUACCAAAGGUCAUGCAAGCAUACAAGGACGUUGGAGAAAGGGAUGUCGUGACAUAUGAGUACCGAAUUCUACGAAACGGAAGCAGAUCAAGGCCAGAAGGUCUGAAGUCUCCUCCGACCGCUUUGCCUACAGUGGACAACAAAGUGGCUUGCCACAUCCUUGCCUCAAUCAAAGCAGAGCGCGCCCCUGAUGGUAGUGUGGUUCGGAUUCUGACUUGCUUGACCGAUGUGACAGUGCAGAAGGACACUGCUGAAGAAGCUAUCCAACGAGCGCAGGAGGCUGAGAACCUAAAGCGCCUUGCUGAAUUCGCAACCGUUGGCAUGUAUAAUAUGAGCAUGGACGGCCAGCUUCUGAGCGCAAACAACUUGUUCUGGGAGCUUACUGGCGUGGCCAAGGUUGACCUCACCAAGGUCGUCGUCAAACCCUGGCCCGAAUGUGUAGUCAAGGAGGACUUGGCUAUUCUCGAUCAGAGCUUAAAGGAACUAGGGGAAACGGGGCGUCCGCAGACAGCAGAGUUCCGACUCCAGACCCCAUGGGUCGCCGAAGACAACGACGACAACAUGCCCGCCAGUUCGCGAUGGGUAUUAGGGACAUUCAUGCCAGUCAAGAGCUCCGAUGGCGCCAUCCUCUCAUUUACAGGCUGCCUGAGCGAUGUUUCGUUGCAAAAAUGGCAGCUUCAUCAGGAGAAGUCGCGAAAGGAGGAGGCCAUCGAGUCGAAGCGGCAACAGGAGAACUUUAUCGACAUGACGUCUCAUGAGAUGCGAAACCCGCUGAGCGCCAUCCUGCAUUGCACCGACGCCAUCAUCGCGUCACUUUCCAGGGUACAGGAUAUCAUCGAGAACCCAGUUCCACUCACACCUACAAGAGCAAACGCCGAUAUGGCAGAUCAGAGUCCCCGCAUCGAAAGGUCCGACGAAGAAAAGCAACUCUUGGAGGACAGCAUCGAAAAUGCCGAAACCAUCGUGACUUGCGCGCAACACCAAAAACGCAUUGUCGAUGACAUCCUCACCAUGUCCAAGCUGGAUUCCAAGCUCCUGGCAGUUACACCGUGUACUGUCGAUCCUAUCCAGAUCGCCAAUGACGCAUUGAAGAUGUUCGAAGUGGAAGCUCGCCGCGUGGAUAUCGAGUUGACUUCCUCCGUUGACAAGUCCUACACGGAUCUUGGAUACGACUUUCUAGAUCUUGACCCGUCGCGAGUGAAACAAGUGCUUAUCAACCUACUCACCAAUGCAUUGAAGUUCACCAAAUCUGGCAAAACUCGAACUGUUAAGAUUUGCGUCAAGGGUUCUUUGAAGCCCCCGGAUCAGACCUUGACAACCGUCGACUUCAUACCUCGGUUCUGCGAUUUGUCAGAGGAGUAUGAACAGCCUGCUCUACGGGGUCGCAAUCACCCAGUCUAUCUACUCUUUGAGGUCAAAGAUACCGGCCAAGGACUGACCGCUUUGGAAAUGGGCAAUCUGUUCAACAAGUUUGUGCAAGCAAGCUCGAAAACGCACGUCAAAUAUGGAGGUUCCGGUCUAGGCCUGUUCAUCUCACGUCGCUUGACAGAAUUGCAGAACGGAGCAAUCGGUGUAUCAAGCGAGCCUGGCGUUGGGUCAACAUUUGCAUUUUACAUCGAGUCCUACCUCCCAAGCGAAGAAUCGAGAAAUGAGGCACUGGCGGUCGCAGCAGCUGCGAGACUGGUUGCUAGCACAGAUGCUGCAGAGAUGCUAGACACUAAGCGUGCCUUGAACUUGCGCGAUGUUCGCCUACAGCGACACCAGAAUCCUGGUGGGAACAUCCGCCUUGACGGCAUUCUCAUCGUUGAGGACAAUCUCAUCAACCAGCAGAUCACGCGGCGUGGUCUAACAGAUCGUGGAUACACUGUUGACGUGGCGAACCACGGAAUCGAAGCACUAGAGAAGCUCCAACGUCGCCAUGGAGCUGUUCCCACUGUCGACCUCGGUCUUGUUGUCGGCGUUGGCCUCUCGGCUUCCAGGAACGGACCAAGCUCACUGCCAAUCGCCAUCAAUCUCGUCCUCAUGGAUAUUGAAAUGCCCAUUCAGGAUGGCUUGACGUGCACCCGAAGAAUUCGAGAACUCGAGCAAAAUGGCGAGAUCUUUUGCGCUUCUGGAGGCCGUAUCCCGAUCAUUGCCGUCACGGCCAAUGCAAGGCCCGAGCAGGUGAUGGAGGCGAAGCAGGCAGGUUGCGACGACGUGCUGGUGAAGCCGUACCGGAUUCCAGAGCUCAUCGAGAAGAUGCAAAUGGUGGUCCGGCGCAUGGGGGGACUCAGCCCCAACUCUCCUGUGAGGUGAUGGUUGUUGAUACCCAGCUGCAUGAACGGCAGUAUAGAGAUAUGAGAGCCAGUACAGGGAGGCCAGAACCGGGGGAUGAUGUAACGACACAGUCUUUUGUGUGUGUGUAUUUUUCUGGGCGUUUAGAGGGUGGUUAAAAGGGAACGGGUGUUUGGCGAAUGGUUGAACAUCCUUGGGGGAAGGAUAGGCGCGGACGCAUUUCAGCAUACGACGGAGUUACGGCAAGCGAUAAAGUGAUGCAGCCAUCGUCAAGAGCCUAGGAGACGCAUCGUGUUUAGUUCACCUAAUUUAAAGGUACAUCGUGAUUUAAUUGUACCGUUCUUGACUCAAUGUGCUACAUCAACGUCAAUGUACGGGAUAUUUCUUUGUGGCUUCAGUGAGGUGGGAGAAGUAGGGUAGCUGCAAAAGCCAGACGCCUCCGGGAGUUUCGCACAUACGUCAUUAAAUUGGUGAAGGAU